AUGACAAGUGUAGCACCCAACUCAACUACGAACAUAGCUGACACCUGCUCAUUCGAUCCCACCAACAACAAUCAUCAACACUACGCACCACCUCAUCACCAUCAUCAUCAUCAUCACCAUCGACCACCUACACCAAAUGAUGCUUCUUAUGAAUUUGCGUCAUCAUCAACUCCAAAAAAUGGUGCGAAUGCUCUUAAACUACUCUUCAGUAAUCGAUGGGGAUCACAUACGCCAGCACCUAAGAAAUCUCGUUCGCUCAAGGACAUGUUUUAUACUCAAUUAUCGAACGCAUCCAUGUCAUCACAUAAGCAACGGAAAGGAUCUCUACAAGAUGCCAGUAUCUAUGACAACGAGUCGGCUACGUUGGGAACGGUUUCUGGAUAUUAUAGCUGCUCAGCCUCUAUCAAUGAAAACGACGACCCCCAAAACAGCCAUGUGGAUUCACUUUCAGGGCAGCUAUCUUACCAGCCUAAUAAUGAGGAUCCAACGUCAUCAUUACCAUCACCUCCACCAUCAGCAAAGAACGUGUCAAAGAUAUACCAUUAUCAACAUCAUCAUCAUCCUCCACCACUUGCUCGUGUACCGAAAAUGUAUCAGGAUCCAAUGCCCUCAUCCUCCUCUGAAGACACGCUAGUCGUAUCAGCAUCUGAAUCGUCAAUACGCACCGAAGUUGACAUGGAUCCAUCCAAUCAUACUCUUUCCAUAUCCACAUCACAUCCCACUGGAUUGACGAUCGAUCAUCCUGAAACAAGUCGACUACCACGUUCACCAAGUACUUUAUCAGCCAUUCACACUGAGCAUGCGCAACCAACUUUUGUAUCAUCACAACCUCGUCCCUAUGAUAAUCCACACGUUAUUCCAGAAGAUGUCUCCCAGCAGCAGCAACCACCAUCCUCUCAUUUGGCUCCACCUCCACCACCUCCUUCAACUAUAGGAGCGACUCGCUCGUUGAAGCAUUUUCGAUCCGAGAGUGAUCUUGCACGACUCAAAAACAUGUUCACGCCAACAUCAACAAAGGGACGAUCAGCACAUGAUCGACAUCCAAAAUUCCAUCCACAGCAACAAUCAAAUACGGGCUUGUCAUCUGCUAGAAUGUCUCCCACUGGCAGCAACAGCACAACAUCAUCCAAUAGCACCAAAACUCUAGUACCACAAAGAACAAGUAGUCUACACAGCUCCACAUCAACUGUAACGGUGAAUAGUGCAAAUGACAAGGAUUCAAGUAGUAGUGGUGGUGGUGACAAUCAUUCUUGGGGUCUACUACGAAGUCUACGUAAGAAUUAUUCCUCAGUCAAUUUACGACAAGCUGCCAAGGACGAAGCUUUACGAGAAACAUCGUUCGACACCACCUCGCUUUAUGGUUACUCCUUGGGCAAAAGCAUGCCAUCCAAUCGCCAUGAUUCAACCAUCCACGUAUCAGAAAAUGGCCACGACGUAUUGAUCAUGGAGAGCGUAUGUGGGAAAACCGAGGUUGUGGCUGGAACACAAGAAAGGCUUUUUGCUCGCUUGGCGGAUGAAGGUGUUCAAGACCUUGAUUAUGUGGACACUUAUAUUCUGAAUCAUUCCAAAUUUACAUCAUCCGCUGAUUUGCUGGAGAAUCUCAUGGCUCGUUUUCACAUGGAAACGCUUCCUGACAGCCAACACUAUUCCAAGCGUUGUAUACAAGUCAAAGUCCUUAACGUCAUAUCAAGAUGGGUCAAGCUACAAUAUUUCGAUUUCAAGAAGAAAGGGAUACUACAGACGCGACUUGAAGCCUUUUUGAAUGGAGAUGUUGAACGAGCUGGUUUCUCAACAGAGGCAAAAAUGAUCAAGGAUGCAUUGAAUCUCCAGAUAUCAAAGCAUAGUCGCCGACGCCAUUCAUUGCUUGCUAUGAGUUCACAUUCCUUGACAUCCUUUGGCAGCAAUAGAAGCGCAACUGGAUCACCACCACCCCAACGUCGUACAUCACCUACUACAAGCAUUUUUUCAUUUGCUCAGCAGUCGUCGCAUCAACAACCCAGUAACAUGACAACACCUCCCACAUCUCCUAUGUCACCCAUAUACAAAAUGUCUUCUCAGGAUGAUACCACCUCCAUUCUUCUGUCUACCGAUUCCAAAUACAUUGCACGGUAUUUGACGCUGGCCGACUUUUACCUGUUAAAGUGCAUUACCGGAUACGACUACUUGAAUGGGCUCUGGAGAAGACAACAAAAGGAUGACCAACAAGAAGCCCAUGAUGGCUGUUGUUACAUUGACCUAAUGACCAAACGGGCGAAUAUGCUCACACAUUGGAUCAUGCACGAGCUGUUGUCAAUCAAGGGGAACAAGCAACGUCGUACAGGGUUACGUCGUGUCAUUGACAUUGCCAAGCAUUGUGUAGAGUGGAAUAAUUAUCACACAGCCAUGGUGAUUACGAUGGGAUUGGCUAGCACGCCUGUUCAAAGGAUGCAAGAGACAUGGGAAUCAUUAUCAAGUCGAGACAUGAACGCUUACAUGUCCUUGCAACGGCUUUUGGAUGUGAGCAACAAUAUGAGCCAUUAUCGUCAAGCGUUUUCCAAAAAGGUGGUCAAGAAAACAGCAGCACCUGCAGUGCCAUUCUUCCCACUUGUACUCAAGGAUUUGACAUUUUACAUGGAUGGCACACCUACUAUGAAGCAAUCCUCCACCGCUGGAAACGUACCAUUGAUCAACUUUGUCAAGUUUCGUGCCGUUACCAAGUUCGUGCAAGGGAUCCUUAGCCACACUCAUGAAAAUUACUGGUUCGCAGGCGAAUUAGACCAUUUGGCUUUCUUUCCAGGCAUGCACCAAAACGAAGCAGCUUUUUCAUCAGCGGCCGGUCCGCUCGAUCCUGUCGCAGAGGCUAUUGAAUAUAGAUUACGAGCCGUAGUCGAUUGUUAUAAUGACACUGGGUGUCAUGUUUAUUCAUCUUGUACAUAA